GGUGAGGACAACGACGACCACCGACGACGGCGACAACGACAUCGACCCCUGUACCCAUUUUUCACCCUCAACCUAUCCUCUGGCGACGCCGGAAGGGCCGAUACUUGCACCGCACCUCUGGCAUGGCCCAAAGACGCACCGGGCAUCGCUCAGCUUCCCUCCAAGACUCUGCCAUCCUCAGCCGACGCAAACUCCAGGCAAGACGCGCUACUGCUGCUCGACGACGCGUCUUCGGCUUCAACACCAACGCCUACAUCGACUCCCAGCCUUCUUCUCGCGCGUCGGGCAGUUCUCCCCCACUCUCUCCCCGCCAAGUCCUCGUCCCCGUCCACUUCAACCUCCGUCGUCUUCCUUCACGUAUCCUCUCGGAACGCAAGCACGAUAUGCGCGAUGCCGCAAAUGCUUAUGAUGUCUCCAUCGGCAUGAAGCGCAAACGCGUCGUGAGCGGCAGCGAGAACACGUCUAAUGCAAGAGGCGCUCGUUCCACGAGCCGCGCCAAGCGGCGCAAGGCUCUUCCCGAUUCGAGCGACGAGGAGCCCGUGAGUGGAAUGGAUGUGGAUGAGGAACAGCAGGAGAUAUGGGACGGUUCGGAUAAUUCUGACGAUGAUGAAGAAGCUCUGGACUCCUCCGAUAACUAUCUCAUCAACGAGGCGCCGCCACGCCGUCUGCUGCGACUCCGCAAGGAUGAGCUUGUACAACUCUACGCAGCGGCUGGUCUCACGGACGACGCCGAGCUUCUCACCAAGCCUGAGAUCGUCGACUGCAUCAUAGCCGCCCGUGACGAUGUGGCUGACCUCCCGCCCUCAUCCCCCGGUGUUGCAGACAGUGGCUCGAGUGACUAUUCUUCUGACGGCGGUAACGUUGCCGGCGGGGAAGAGACGGAUUUCGGGACACGCCUCCGCAAUGGGCUUCGCAGGAGGGCAACCGUGCAUGACCUCAGUCGUGCCACGCGCAGAUACCCCGCUGACCGGAGCCUGUCUAUGAGCCACAUUGAGCGAUCGUCCGCGGAGCUCUCCCCAACACAUGGGAAGCGCAAACGUGGGCCGCUCGAUACUGUCGCCACACAGCCUGCCACAGGCGUCUCCACCAGGAGGCGUGGAAACAGCAAUGCGAGCUCCAGUCGAUCAUCGCCGACGUCAUCGAGGAUGUCUUCGGUGCUUCCAUCUCCGCCUGCCACGCGCCUCCGCUCGCGCAAGGCGUCAGGCGAGAUCCAUGCGAGCCCGAGUUCGUCAGGCACAAGCAAGGGCAAGUCUAAGGCAAAGCAUGUCGGCUUCAGCGACGAGGUCGAAGUUACGCGGCUACCUUCGCCCCCAGAGGCAGAGGACGAGAGUGACCUAACCGACUUGACCGAAGUUGAGGACUCGAUCAACAAGCUCAGGCCCAGCCCGCGGCGUCUACGGAGCAAAGGCUCCGUGAGCCGAUUGACGAACGACAGGUCGCGGCCCGAGGAGUCGCCGGACAACCGGAGGGUGACUCCGAUGCGGAAAGCGAAGGGCAAAGUCGGGAGUCUGUAUGAGAGCACGGACGAGGAGCUGGAGGUUGAGGCGGACGAGGACGAACUCGCGUCUGAUGCUCAGGAGGAUGACCAGGAGGAGGAGGAGGUCGAUGAGUUGCAGGAGCCGAUAUCGCCCAACGCCACGCCGAGAGCAGUCAAGACGGCUCCAUUCGGCCGGCGGACGCCUGUAAGGAAUCGGCUCCGGGCGCGGCACUUGCAGACGCAUACGCCGCCGAGCGAUGGAGACGACGAGGAUAGUGAGGAGGAGGGAACGGUUGUGGCGGGUGAGGAGGGUGAUGAUGAGGGAAGUGGGGAAGAGACGGAGCAAGCAGAAUCGGGACGGCGGUUACGGAAUGGGAAGAUCGUCGCUGAGGAAGAUGUCGAGGAGGACAUCGGUGAGGAAGACGAUGAGGACGAGGAAGAAGAGGAGGAGGCGGAGGAAGAAGUGGAUGAUAGCGAGUCUGUCGCGUCAACGCUUGGUGAUGAGGAUGAGGAUGCGGAGGGCGAGGAGGAUGAAACGAUGGAUGAUGAUGACGUCGAUCUCACUGUCGCUACCGCGAAGACUCUUGUGCGCUUACGCAGGGACGACCUUGUCCGGUUAUGCGAGACCCGCGACAUCGAUGCCACAGGGACGAAGCCCCAGCUCGCUGAGGCACUCCUCCAGUGGCGAGAUAAGCACUGUAGCGAGGCCACCACAUCUGCACCGUCGUCCACUGGCACAGCACGUCCCCCCUCGACCGCCCGUGCCCCGCGGCGUCGCAAGACGCGCUCGAAGUCCGGGUCGGGCAGCCCUAUACCUCCCGUGCUCCUUCGCUCGCAUGUGCACAUGGACGAGCCUCGGACGCCACCGCUCUCUACCAGGGCGAGAGAGAGGGACGGCGAGGGCGACAUUGAGCUGGACCUGGAGAGCCUCGGGUUGGAGGAUCGCGAGAUCCCCCCUGAGAAACUUACGAAGCUCGAGAAGAUCGGCAGUGGCGGCUUCAAGGAUGUGUUCAUUGGCAAGUUCAAGGGUCGGCGGGUCGCCAUUGCGGAGUUCCGUGGGCAAUUGAGUCAGAUGGAUAUCAAGGAGCUCAAGUUGCUAGGAGACUUCGAUCAUCCCAACAUCGUCCGCUUCCUUGGCGUGAGCAUCCCCGAGAACACACGCGAGACGCCGGUUAUGAUCGUCAGCGAGCUGUGCUCAAAUGGUGACCUCUUCGAUUACAUCCGCAAUGUCAACCCCCCUUCCCUGUACCGUGUGCUCUGUAUCAUGCUCGAUAUCGCGAAAGGCUUAGAGUACCUCCAUCUCCGCAAGCCGUCCAUCAUCCACCGCGACUGCAAGUCAUCAAAUAUUCUUAUCACGUCUAAAGGCGUCGCCAAAAUCACCGACUUCGGCCUCGCGAAAGUCAAACAAUCCACGCGCUCAAUGGUCCGCAGUCUCGUCGGUACCGUCAACUGGCAAGCGCCGGAGCUCUGGCACCCUGCGCCGAAGUACAAUCACAAGGUCGAUGUCUUUUCAUGUGCAAUGGUCUACUGGGAGAUCCUGCAGUGGCAUGUCAAAGACAAGAAGUUUCCUUGGGAGGGCAUGAACGAGCAUGCGAUCUACGACGCUGUCGGCGCUAAGAAGCAGAGACCAUCUGUAGCCGGACUGCGCAAGCAGUGGUGCCCGGAGAUCGUCGACCUGAUCGAGCAUAUGUGGGCGCAAGAUCCCGCAGACCGCCCCACGAUGUCCGAAGUCGUCCAGGAGGUCGAGCGCAUCAAGUCCUCGUGCCGGUAGCCCCUACGCACGCCACACAAAAGCUUGGCAAGCCCGCCUAUCGUCAUUCAUCGCUGUUGGUUACAGAUCAAGCUCAAGCAUUAAGUAUCGUACUCACAUCCCAACUACUAUCAUGCAUUCGCCGGCCCCGCACCUAUUGCACGCACUGGGACUAUGAUAUGACUCUCCACUAUGCCUUAUUUCGACGCCCGCCCUGCUCGUUUACCACUUGUGCUUGUCAUGCUUCUGAUCGGUGUCAAUACUGAUGUCGAGCGGGCGGGCGAGGGGUUGUCAAUGUUGCCGCUGUCGCUUUGUAACGGAGUUUUGUUGGGUGUCGCCAGCUGUGGCCAAGUUCUCAUUUUUGUAUAGCAUUAUCACUUUGUGGUUUCGCUUUCAUCUCUCCGCCACGUCUUGUUCGUGCCUCAUUCUUCCUCGAACUCGUCUACGUCUACCAACUGCAAUUAAGCUCAAUUAAACCCAUCGAUCAUCAUUGUAUCUUAGCCAACC